UAUAGCACCACCAAAUUUAACUUCUUAUUUACCAGCAGAUCAUUAUUCCACCACGUACACGUACACUAGCUAGCUAACACUAGCUGCGUGCCACCGCGCUCGGUCAUGGACUACGGCAGCGGGAGCACCGGCACGGGCAACACGAUGGCGCCGCCGCCGCAGCAGUAUAGCAGCUGCAGCUCCGUGUCGCCGCCGUCGCGGGUGUCGUCGUGCUCGCCGCCGCCUGCUCCCCACGCCGCGCAGGUGGUGGUGGGCAACGCGCCGCCGACCGUGGUGCUGAGCCCGUGCGCGGCGUGCAAGAUCCUCCGCCGACGCUGCGCCGACGGCUGCGUGCUGGCUCCCUACUUCCCGCCGACCGAGCCGGCCAAGUUCACCACCGCGCACCGCGUCUUCGGCGCCAGCAACAUCAUCAAGCUCCUCCAGGACCUGCCGGAGAGCGCGCGCGCGGACGCGGUGAGCAGCAUGGUGUACGAGGCGGAGGCGCGGCUGCGGGACCCCGUGUACGGGUGCGCGGGGGCGGUGUGCCGGCUGCAGAAGCAGGCCAACGAGCUCAAGGUGCAGCUGGCGCGGGCGCAGGCCGACCUGCUCAACGCGCAGGCGCAGCACGCCAACCUGCUCGCGCUCGUCUGCGUCGAGAUGGCCAACCGCCGCGACAGCCACCAGAACCAGCACCAGCACCCGUCGCCGCCGCUGAUGGACGGCGGCGGCGGCGGCCACUUCGUCGGCGCGGCGGCGUACCACGCGUUUUACGACUCGGACCUGGACUCGGCGACGUGGCCGGAUCACGAAGCCCAGCUCUGGACCUGAGAUCAGCAGCCGAUAGACCACCUUAGUGGCUCCAAGUGAUACAAGUACUUGGAUAUAACACAUAUGCGUGCUGCAAGUCCGCAACCGUGUACUGUAGCUCAGGAACGGUAACGUUUUCCAGAUCUCUGGUCGCUUGCUGGCUGCUGCAAGACGUGUACGCAUAGUAGCCCGGCCGUAAUUAUGGCUGUACGACUAUUAGAGCAACUUCAGUAGGACUUCUAAAUUUGGGUGAGCAAAUGUCUAUUUAGAAGUUCAUUUUUAAAUUUUACUCACCCAAAUAUAGGCCUCCACUCCAGCAGGCCGAGUAAAUUGGGCUUCUAUAGAGGGUCCAUAGUUGGCAGCCCAAAUAGAGGGCCACCAAAUUGAGGGGGUGGGGGGAGAAAUUUGGAAGGCCUACCAAAAUAGCAGCCUAUUUGGAAGGCCUGCUGUAGAUCAAUUUUUUACACCCACCGAGCAAAUAUAGAGAUAGAAGCCCAUUUAGUAUCCCUGCUGGAGUUGCUCUUACUAGCUAUUUCGUCAAUAC